AUGAAGGAGUUGUUACAAACUGCUCCAGAGCUCAGGUAUGGGGUGGUAGAUGGGUUGUCUUGGGCUGCGGACAGAUCUGGAAUAUUUACUGUUUCGUCUGCCUACAAGUGGAGUGAGUUAACAUCUACCAUGCCUGCAAAAAUGGUGGAGCUCAUUUGGAAGAAUGCAGCACCUCCGAAAGUGCAAUUUUUUGCUUGGCUAGCAUGGAAAGGGAGGAUCAAGACUUCUACAUAUUUGCAAAGAAUUGGAAUCCUAAGUGCCAACUCUGAUGUUAAUUGUGUAUUCUGUAGAAAGGAAAGGGAAACUGUAUCCCAUGUGCUGCUGUGUUGUUCAUUUAGUUGGAGAGUUUGGUCUAAUAUUAUUGGAUGGUGGGGCGUAUCUUGGGUACAGCCGGGGUCAGUGGUGGGUCUUAUUCAAUGGUGUGCUGGGUUUAGAUGCAAAAACAGAUUGAAGGUAAUUUGGAAGAUAAUUCCACUGGCAGUGCUUUGGUCGUUAUGGAAGCUACGGAAUGAAAUCAUCUUUAACGAGUCACAGUUGGAUUUUGGAAAGUUGUGUGAUCUUAUCAAAACACGGGUUGCAAUGUGGUUCAGGGCCUUUAGUCCUUCCUUUUGCUAUUCUGUUGAUGAUCUGAGGAUGAUCUGUUUCUGUAGGGCCGUUGUAGUGAACUGCAGAUGUGUUGGGAUAACAAUUUUGGUGGGUGGUUUGGCUGAAGGGCUAUCUGAUCUAACUGCUGCUGCUGUUGUAUUUAAUCAGUUUGAAGGACUGCUGCUGUAUCUGAUCUAA